AUGAGAAUUUCAAAUCAUUUAACCGAUGAUGGAAUAAAAGUAGUGAAUGAUAUUUUAUUGUCUGAGCAUAUUCAUACUGUUUCGGAGCCUGCUACGAGUCCACACGAAAAUUAUCGAACAAAAUAUCGUGUUUGUACCAAAAUUGGUAAAGCGAAAGGUCUAUUUCGAACAGGAGGGAAAGAUACACAAGUGUAUUUGAAACUAUUCGACGACAAAGAAGCAGCCGAAGACUUACAUUUAAAAAAAUCGAUGGAAAACGAACAUCCUAUUAAAGAAGCACAAACAAUAAGUAAUAAGGCACCACUCUAUGUGUAUCUCUGUAUUACUGAUGAAAAUGAUCAAAAAUUAGAAGAUAUUUUAUUGAAAUAUUCACGACAUGAUGAUAAUCAUGGGAAACCAUUUCAUAGUGGAUACAUUGAUAUAUACGAUAAUAUUAGAAGUCAAACAUGUUUAGGAAAUAUUAAAAAAUUAGAAUUAUGGCAUGAUUCAUGA